GACCGAUCAGUUCGUCAGCUGCGCUCCGAAUGUGCGGAACCACUCUGGAAUAUUUAAGCACAAAAAAGAAGCAACAGGAUCAGUGAACAUGUCCAAGUCGUGGAGCUGCGGCUCCAAUCAGGAGAGCAACAGCAUUUUCCGCAGCGAGGUGAUGUCCUUGGUGCAGAUGUAUCUUCAGCCAGAGGCAGCCUACGAUACGAUUGCAGCCUUGGGCGAAGUUGGGUGCGUCCAGUUUCGUGACCUGAACGUCAAGGUGAACGCCCAGCAGCGCAAAUUCGUUGGUGAGGUGAGACGAUGCGAUGAACUGGAGCGCCGGAUCCGCUACGUGACUGCCGAGCUCAACAAGGAAGGCCAUAAGGUGCUCGACCUGAUGGAUGACUUCCCGCCGGCGCCGCAGCCGCGUGAGAUCAUCGAUCUGGAGGUACACCUGGAGAAGACGGAGACGGAGAUCAUGGAGCUGGCUGCCAACAAUGUGAACCUGCAGACCAGCUUCUUGGAGCUCAGCGAGAUGAUCCAAGUGCUGGAGCGUACCGAUCAGUUCUUCUCGGACCAGGAGUCGCACAACUUCGAUCUGAACAAGAAGGGCACCCAUCGCGAUCCCGAGCAGUCCAAUGGCCAUCUGGGAUUUGUGGCAGGAGUGAUCAGCAGGGAGCGGGAGUACGCCUUCGAGCGGAUGUUGUGGCGCAUCUCACGUGGCAAUGUGUUCGUUCGCCGGUGCGAUGUGGAUGUUGCUUUGACGGAUCCCAAGACAGGCAAUGUGCUGCACAAGAGCGUGUUCGUGGUCUUCUUCCAGGGCGAUCAGCUGCAGGGCAGGAUUCGCAAGGUGUGCAAUGGCUUCCAUGCCCACAUGUACCCGUGCCCCAGUUCGCAUGCCGAGCGGCAGGAGAUGGUGAGGAAUGUGAAGACCCGGCUGGACGACCUCCAAGCCAUCAUCGACCAGACGAGAGACCACAGGACCUGCGUGCUGCAGGCUGCCCUGAAGCAGAUCCCCACCUGGAGUGCCAUGGUGAAGAAGAUGAAGGGCAUCUACCACACGCUGAACCUGUUCAACGUGGACCUGGGCAGUAAGUGCCUGAUUGGCGAGGGCUGGGUCCCCAAAAGGGAGCUGGAGCUGGUGGAGGUGGCUCUGGCCGCCGGAUCAGCCAGUGUGGGCAGCACCGUGCCCUCGUUCAUCAAUGUGCUGGACACCAAAAAGGAGCCGCCGACGUACUUCCGGACGAAUAAGUUCACGCGUGGCUUCCAGAAUCUGAUUGAUGCCUAUGGAAUUGCUGGGUACCGUGAGGUGAAUCCGGGUCUGUACACCUGCAUCACCUUCCCCUUCCUGUUCGCCGUGAUGUUCGGAGAUAUGGGCCACGGCACUAUCCUCUUCCUGCUGGGUCUCUGGAUGGUGGUCGACGAGAAGCGGUUGGCUAAGAAGCGAGGUGGCGAAAUCUGGAACAUCUUCUUCGCCGGACGAUAUAUUAUAAUGCUGAUGGGUCUGUUUGCCAUGUACACGGGCUUCCACUACAACGAUAUAUUCUCCAAAUCGAUCAACGUGUUCGGCACACGUUGGGUCAAUGUGUACAACAGAACCACUGUGCUGACCAAUCCCACCCUGACGCUCAACCCCUCGGUGGCCACGCGCGGUGUCUACCCCAUGGGCAUAGAUCCCGUCUGGCAAUCGGCCUCGAACAAGAUCAUCUUCCUGAACACCUACAAGAUGAAGCUCUCUAUCAUCUUUGGAGUCCUGCACAUGGUCUUCGGCGUGUGCAUGUCGGUGGAGAAUUUCGUGUUCUUCAAGAAGUACGCAUACAUCAUCCUGCAGUUCGUGCCGCAGGUCCUCUUUCUGCUGCUCAUGUUCGGCUACAUGUGCUUCAUGAUGUUCUACAAGUGGAUCAAGUACAGUCCAACCACCGACGUGACGGCCGACAGUCCCGGUUGUGCACCAUCAGUGCUGAUCAUGUUCAUCGACAUGGUGCUUUUCAAGUCGGAGACGGUCUUGCCGGGCUGUGAAGCUAAUAUGUUCCCGAUCCAGAGGAAUCUCGAGAUGAUUUUCCUAGUGGUGGCCCUUCUUUGCAUUCCCUGGAUCCUGCUCGGAAAGCCCUUGUAUAUUAAAUUCCAACGCCGCAACAGGCCUGCUGGCCCAUUGGUGGAGGUAGAUGAGAUCGUGGAGAAGAUAGAGGUUACCACCGGAAAGGAAAUCGUCAUCACGGAGGUAGCUGAGGCCCACGAAUCAGGCGGACACAGCGAAGAGGAUGACGAGCCCAUGAGCGAGAUCUGGAUCCACCAGGCUAUCCACACAAUCGAGUAUAUCCUCAGUACCAUCUCGCACACGGCCUCCUAUCUGCGUCUCUGGGCCUUGUCCUUGGCUCACGCCCAGCUCUCUGAAGUUCUUUGGACCAUGGUGUUGGCGAUGGGACUGCAAAUGAACGGUUAUGUGGGCGCCAUUGGGCUGUUUUUCAUCUUUGCCGUUUGGGAGUUCUUCACCAUUGCUAUCAUGGUCAUGAUGGAGGGUCUAUCCGCCUUCUUGCACACUUUGCGUCUGCAUUGGGUGGAGUUCAUGAGCAAGUUCUACACUGGAAACGGCUAUCCGUUCACGCCCUUUUGUUUCAGGGACAUCUUGGUCGUCAUCGAAGACGAUUAGAAGCAUAUGGGGAGACCUCAGAGGGUACCUCAUUUAAACAAGAUUAAUAAAAGAAGCAUCACAAAAUAA